UCCAGCUUGUCCCACGGGCUCCCAGAUCUUCCAGUGCCAACAACGCUCCACUUCUUCUUAACCUCCUUUUUUUUUUUGCCCCUGUUUGAACAUGUUUUGACACUCUGACAGGAAACUUUUUUUUUUCAUUUUAAAUCGUUUUCAAAGCCUCCAGCUGCAGUUUUUUCUUUUGUCUUUCUUGCAUCCCUCUCAUUUUAAAGCUGACUCUGGGAUGUGAGAACGUUCGUAUCUGUGUAUUUUAAUUCCAAGCCAUUCAGGGACUACUUUUUUUGCACCAUAGAAGAAAUGGUGCCAAGAUUGUUGUGGAACAUGUCUCUUGUUCUGGUUUUGUUUGGAUUAUUUUUACUCACUUCUUCAUCUGCCAGAGGCGAACCCGAGCUGCUGGAGGAAGAGGAGGAGGAGGAAAGUUCUUGCCAGGGUGCUUUUGACCUCUAUUUUGUGCUUGAUAAGUCCGGCAGUGUGAAGGAUCACUGGGAUGAAAUCUACUAUUUUGUGGAAAAUUUAGCAGAAAAAUUCAAAAGUCCCAUGCUUCGGAUGUCAUUCAUAACAUUCUCCUCUAGAGCAUCCACCAUCCUCAAACUUACUGAGAGCAGGGUGGACAUCAAAAAGGGGCUGAACGCUCUUAAAAGAGAGAUUCCAGGUGGAGAUACGUUCAUGCAUCUUGGACUGCAUAUGGCAAAUGAGCAGAUUUACCAGGAGAACUUUGGCAAGGCCAGCGUGAUUAUAGCACUCACGGAUGGAGAACUGCAGGAAGGCCAACUUAUCUCUGCGCAGCAAGAGGCCGAGCGAGCCAGGUCUCUUGGAGCUAUCGUGUACUGUGUUGGCGUCAAAGACUUCAAUGAGACACAGCUUGCGACCAUUGCAGACACCAUUGAGCAUGUGUUUCCUGUUUUGGGUGGCUUCCACGCCCUCAGGGGUGUUAUUGAUUCGAUCAUCAAGAAAUCGUGCAUUGAGAUUUUGGCAGCUGAGCCCUCCAGUGUGUGUGCUGGAGAGUCUUUCCAAGUGGUGGUGAGAGGCAACGGGUUCCUCCAUGCCAGGAACAUCAACCAGGUGCUCUGCAGCUUUAAAAUCAACGACACCAUUACAAUCAAUGAAAAGCCUGCUGGUGUAGAGAACACGUUCUUGCUGUGCCCAGCUCCUGUCAUUGAUGAAGUCGGGAAGGUGAUUUAUCUUCAAGUGAGCAUGAAUGACGGUCUGUCUUUCAUCAGCAGCAAUGUGCACAUCACGACCACAGAGUGUUUUGAUGGCACCAUUCUGCUCAUCACCCUGCUGGUGUUGUUUCUCUUGUUGGCCUUGCUCCUCAUGUGGUGGUUCUGGCCUCUCUGCUGCACAGUGGUGAUCAAAGAACCUCCCCCUCCACCUCCUCCUGAGCCCGAAUCAGAUGAUGAAGAUGGUCUACCAAAGAAAAAGUGGCCCACUGUUGAUGCCUCAUAUUACGGAGGACGAGGAAUUGGAGGCAUCAAGAGGAUGGAGGUGCGAUGGGGCGGAAAGGGCUCCACUGAGGAAGGGGCAAAGCUGGAGAAACCGAAGAAUGCUGUGGUGAAAAUGCCAGAACAGGAAUACGAACCCUUCGAGCCAAAACCCAAGAAAUCUCCCAAAAAGGCGCCUCAGAACCGGAAGUGGUACACACCCAUCCGGGGUAAACUGGACGCUAUCUGGGCUCUGUUUCGCCGUGGUUAUGACCAGGUGUCUUUGAUGAGACCCCAGCCCGGAGAUCAUGGUCGAUGCAUCAACUUCACAAGAGUGAAAGAAGGCUCCCAGCCAGCCAAGUCGGCGCCUCGCUCCCCAAUCCACAGGCCUUCAUCGCCUGCACCCAACUACCGCCCCAGCACCAGCGCCGCCCCCGAGUCCCCUACCAUCUCAAGUCCUCCUGCCAAAGCACCCCCUGUGGCCAAUCUACCACCAGGACCCCCUCCGUCCCGCACACCCCCGGGCCUUCCCUGUCCACCGCCGUCGCGUCCACCACCCAGCCUGCGACCAUGAACGACCCAGGUAAAAGCCCACCCCUGUGCCUCCCUGUCCCUGUCCCUCAUGGACCCACCUGGACUUCACUGACUGACCACUCUGUUGACUGACUUUCAGUCUGAAGUCAGUCCUCCAGCCAUAGAUUCUUCUGCUAUUCACCAAAGAUCAUCUUCAUGUGAUCAAUUCUGGCUUAGUUUGGUCUCUUGUAUGGGUAAGACUGUCAAGAUGGAAGAUACGUACAUAACCAAUGAGGCCUUCAAUGACUUUGCAUGUUUGCAAUUUCUAUGCAAAUGGCUCCAAAGAGUGUUAAUCAUUCAACACUAUGCACUAAAGUGAGAGUCACAUUUUAAGGAAAGCUUUCUUUGUGUUCUUUCUUGAAGACCACACGAUUUGUAAAAAACAGCAUUUUGGUCAAUGCAAUGUGCAGUGGCCGACGUGUUGGGCAAACGUCCCAACACUGCAAACACACAACUAAAACACACAAACACCAUAAAACAAAUGCAACGGGAAAAUGCUGCAAUCGCAUAAACCACGGAUGUCCAAGGUGUGGUCUGGGGGCCAUCUGCGGCCCUCGGGUGGGGGGUUUUUGGCCCGUGUACUUAUGCACUACAAGUACAAUUAAACAAGAAAAUGAAAAAAAACAAAAAAAACCCAGCAAAAAUGGAAACAAACAGCAGUAAUUUUACGAGAAUAAAGUUGAAAUACUGCGAUUGGCUGGCGACCAGUCCACGGUGCACCCUGGAAAAUGAAAAUGGAUGGAUGGAAAAAGUUGAAAUAUUAGGAGAACAAAAUGCUAAUAUUAUGACAAAAAAAAAAUCAUAAAAUAGUCAUAGAAUAAAGUUGGGAUAUUAUGGGGAAAAACAGAACUAUUAAAAAUAAUACAUAAAUUACAUUAAAAAUGACAUUAAUUAAAAUUAAAUUAGAAAUAUUUUUUUAAGUCGUCAUAUGAGAAAUAAAACAAAAAACAAAAAAGUUGCAAUUUUUGGAAAAUUACGUCACAAAAAGGUUGUAAUAUUAUGAAAAUAAAGUCAAAAAUAUUAUGGGAAUAAAGUCAUAACAUUAUGAGGUAAAGAACACGUAAAUGUUGAAAUAUUUGUAAAGCAACACAAAUGGAAAAACGAGCAAAAAAGUGUAAACAAGGAGAAAAAGUGCAUACUAGUAAUAUGCUUUUUUCCCCUUUAUCACUUCUUAGCAUAUCUACAUGGGUUGGUUUACAAAAUGUAAAAUAUCAAAGCGGCCCGUGCAUCCUUUCAUUUUUCAGUUUGCGGCCCUCAAUGGAAAAACAUUUGAACACUCCUGACAUAAAUGCUGCAGGAUCAAAAACAAAUGCAAAAGAAAAAUGCUGAAAUUGUCAAAAAUGAGAGAAAUGCUGCACGGAACAAAAUGGAGAUGAGCCAGGCUACCAGUCGCGCCAGACCUUUCUGUGUUUUGGGUUUUGGAUCAUUGCUGCACGUUUGCCCCUGUCGGCCACUGAACCCCAAAGUCUUUCUCUGGACUAACUUUAUGGCUUUUUUUUUUCCCUACUAUUUUUGACAAGCAGUUAUGUUUAGUCAGAUACAAAGUGAACGAGGUGACGCAGGGAAACUCUUUUUUCACGGGAUGAUUGUUGCAGGACAGCAAAAGCUUUUAUGGACCAAAGUCAUUCAAAGCAAUACAUAUGAUUUAUUUGAUCAACUACUGAGUUAUGCCUUUGCCAUCGAGAAUCCACGUGAAAAGUAGUUAGAAUCUGAGUAAUAUUUACAGAAUUAAUUGGAUGAUUUGCUCAAAAUGUUGGUGCUAAUUUUGUUGACAUGCUAAACCAGCACAUUUGUUAUUCAGGAAAAGUAUCCUUUUAAAGCAGUACAGUAUUGUAACAUGCAAUAACAGGGACGUGUAUAGAAGUUUGUUUUUUUUUAGAUGGUGUGUUUUUUACAUAAUAUUUUCAUGAUGCAGUAUUUUGUUGUGUAAUUAGAGGCUUUGGAUUUUAUAGUUUGAUUUACAGCACGGCUAUGCAGUACGUCAUUUGGUGGUAAUUUUUAGUUGUUUUCUAUCUGCGCACAUAGACCGCUGGAUGUUGUUUGUUGUCGUUUUUGUCAGCAUGCAUGGAAUUGAAAACUCAUGACUUCAAAGCUGCCAUAAAUCAGGUUAACAGCGCAAGUCACGUUUUUUUUUAUUUUUUUUUUAUGUUUUGAUGCAAUUCUUAUAUUCUUUGUAUGUUAUGUCUACAGUUUUAUCAUCAGCCGUCACAUUGCAACUGCAGGGCAGUUCACGGAGCAUCUAAUUUAUUACAGACUUCCCGAGAGAAAUAGAAGAGAGUACUUGAAUAUUGACAAGCACCGACAUGGACACUGUGCGCAGCCUAAAAACAGCUAGCCAGUCAAACAAGGCCUACCAGCUUGUUAUCACCUCAUUGCAUUAUUGAUGUUGUUACAUUUGAUGAUGUUUGAAUUGGGUCAAAUAUGCACUCGCUGGACACAACAUUGGGAACACCUGCAUCCAAUAUUCGUAGUGACAUUUUUCUCUACAAUCUAGUUUAAUUUCAUUUAACAUAUGUGGUAUUGACCCGACUAUAGGGUGGUAUUUUUCCUGAGAAGAACGUCAUGUCAUGUCUUCGGAAUCUAAAGAUGUCUACAUGCAUACCGGAAGGGGGCGCCAAAUGACUUCUCCCCAAGCGAGUCAGAGCAGCUGCGACACAGAGAUUCGUUUAAAAAAAAAGUGUCUCCGAGGUUGGUGUUAAUUUUAAGGUAAUGGGGAUCAAGGUAGCAGAUCAUCCAACAAAAUGUUGUGCAGCUAAGAAAUAUCAAAUCCUUUAUUAAUUUUAUUCUACCACCUGUUUUUUUGCUGAUGUAUCUUUAAAAAAAUGUUACAUGUGUCAUCUGCAGGGGUCGUCUUAUAUUCGGGACCGUCUUAUAUCAUAUUAUUUGUGUCUGGAUUAUUAAAAGUUGACUGUUCUAUAGGCUGCUACCAAGUGGGAUACAAUAGAGCCCCGUUUUUGUUGGAGUUCUGUUCCAUGCCGACCAGGGAAUGGCAAAAAUCUGCGAGUAAUUGACGCUCCCAUUAAAUGUCUAUUUUUAACGGCUUGCUCCUCCUCCAAACCCACCCGCUAGCUCCUAGAUCGGAUCAACAUUUUCAGUGAAAGGGACUGUUGCAAUUAUUACAUUAAACAGUCUAUCUUCAAUUGCCAUUGUUUACUAGCGACGGAAGCUAACAAGCUAAAUGCUAAACGCACAAGCUCUGAAUAAGCCUCAUACACUUUAACACAUUUUAAAUUAUAAAAUGUACAUUAUAAGUACUCAGCCCUAUUGAACAAUAACGCCAAUCAAUAAAUAGAACAGAUGAAUCAGCGUCACAGGCUAGCGAGACAGCCUCGCCCACGCCUCCACUAGAGUCUGAGGCGGCUAGCAUCUACAUAAUCCACACUAUUUGCCUGCUGUAAUUUCAGUCACAAUUUAGGAUCAUAUAUUAACUUGUGUUCACGUCGUUGCAAGUUUUGAGGCCGGAUUGUUAUACAUAAGUUUCGCUUUAGCGUUUCAAAUAAACUGUGAUGUGUUCAAGGGCCGCCGAAAUCUCAACGCCCGACAAAAAAACAUUACCAGUGAAGCAUAAAGACAUAAACAUGUUAAAAAAUGGUGGGCUUUUUGUGGUACAUGUAUGCUGUACAUUUUACCCGUAUUAUCACGCAUUUAUACAUUUUUACUGACUUAGGGUGAUUGAGAUGUGUUUUCUGCGAAAAACUAAGUAUUUUCGGAGAAAUACAUUAUUUUUGGACCAAAAAUCUACAAAUUUGCGAGGCCGUGAAUGUUGACCCGCGAACGUUGAAUCAAACACGCGUUAGUUAUUUUUGUAAAGGUUCAAAGUUUCCAUGAAGUUUUUGUAUUUGUAUUCGAUUAGGUUGUGCAGGUGUGCCUAAUGAAGUGUCCAGUGAGUGUAUUUUGGAAGGGGGUUGAAAAAAGUUGGUAUUCCUUUAAUACUCACCGACUUUCAUUUCAGUAUUUUUGUUUCUGUACAUUUUUGCAUUUUUCACGUGCAUCAUUCAGUUAUGACACGACUGAAUGGUGGUGCAACACACAUUCAAAAUCAAUUGUGGUUUUACCAGGAAUGUUGCCUUAUCAAUUUCCAUAAAUGACAAUAUCUGGAUGAAAAUGCCGUUAUAAGUCACCCUGAAUCACUGUGAGUAUGUGAGUUUGUGUGUGUCUAUCAAGUUUGCAUCUCUUUUUCAUUAACAAUUUUCCUUCUAUUUCCAAAAUAAGGAGCAAGUUGUUAUCCGACUUACGUAUUGAACUUCAAACAUGUCAACUUUUUCACGGCAUAUAUAUCGGUAAAAUGAUUUUGAAUGCACUUGACACUGUUUUUUGGGGGUUUUUUUCCAUGUGUUCAAGUCACAUGGUCAUCUGUAGGUAUUACUACUCACAAGACUCAUAUAGUAUAAUGGUUUUGGUUGUAACAAAAUGACUUUAUUUCUCAAAAAACAGCCUUUACAGUGGCUUAGAGACCGUACAUGACAUUCCUAAUAGAGAUGUGUUAUGCCAGUCUGUGUUUUUACAUGUAUAAACAGCAGAUAUGUAUGAUUUCUUACUGAUUUGAUCUUUUGAACUGUAUCAAUAAAGGUUGACUUCCAAGCUUCUAUCGGUCU